UCUCGUGGCGAAAACGUGCCGAGAUUCCCCAGUGGGAGCGAUCAGUUGUUUUUCCAGGAAUAAGGAAAGGAUUUCUCCGGGAUGCCGAAGAAGAAGACAGGUCAGCGGAAGAAGGCUGAGAAGCAGAAACUCCGCCAGAAGGAGAUCCGCAGCAGGGCAAUUGAUAUUGCGGAAUUUCCCUGCAAUGGCGUGAUGGAGUGUGAAAAGUGUCAGAGGAAACAAAAGUCUCGAGCCUUUUGCUACUUCUGUCAGAGUCUCCAGCGUCUUCCGGUAUGCGCUCAAUGUGGGAAGGUGAAGUGCAUGCUGAAGACUGGGGACUGCGUUGUUCGGCAUCCGGGAGUCUUUACAACGGGUCUGGGGAUGGUGGGGGCCAUCUGUGACUUCUGUGAAGCAUGGAUCUGCCAUGGGAGGAAGUGUCUGCAAAGCCACGCAUGCACCUGCCCACUGCAGGAUGCUGUGUGUAAGGAAUGCGAGAGAGGUGUCUGGGACCACGGUGGGAGAAUCUUCAAGUGUUCAUACUGCGAUGGAUUCCUCUGCGAGGAUGACCAAUUUGAGCAUCAAGCCUCGUGUCAAGUGCUUGAGUCUGAAAACUACAAAUGCCAAUCAUGCAACCGCCUGGGUCAAUACUCAUGUCUACGGUGCAAGACGUGCUACUGCGAGGAGCACGUUAAACGGAAGGGCUUCAAGUAUGAGAAGAAUAAACCCAUUCCCUGCCCCAAGUGCAAUUAUGAGACAUCUCAGACCAAGGAUCUCAGCAUGUCAGUUCGAAGCCACAAGUUUGGGCGUCAGAAUCUUCCGGAUGAUUACUACGACGAUGAUGAUGAUUACUCGGCAGCAGGUGGUAGCAGCAGCUAUGCCGGAUAUUCGGCAAAUCUCGAGGAAUCCGAUGAAUACACCGAUUCCGAUGAGGAGGACUACGAUGAAGAGGAUGAUGAUGAUGAAUCCGAAGAGUCGGAAGAGGAGGAAGAUGAGGGGGCUGCCAAUGCUGAGAAGGAUUCCAAAACGAGUAAGAAUUAAGUGAUUUCUUCCUCAAUAAAUUGUGAUUCCAUCUCGUUGAACCAAUAAAUUUCUUAGCAAAUUUGUUGCAA